UCGUGUGAUCAGAGGCAUCUUGUGGAAGAAAAUGAUAUUAUUACAUGCGCUGCGCAACAAGGCAACAAGUGGAAAAGACAUCGUGUGAAAAGAAACGCGCGAAUAUCGAGGAAAUCCACGCAAACACUUCAUCAGAUUUACCGAAGACAACUCACACCAGGAAACUCUUCGAUAAAAUAUCAACCGUAAAAUGGAUCGGAAUCGUUGUCACGAUGAGAUAGUUUUCGUUUAUCAAUUGCCGUCUGAACCACGUGACGAACUGUGCAGAAGUUUAAAGCAGAGCGGGAAAUGGAUGGACUUUGCAGAUCAUAUAAAAUGUGACAGCGAAACUAAACGGCAAUGUGGAUCCGAAAACAAUCCAAUGGAUGCAUUACUGACUGUGUGGAGUCGCGAAUGUCCCAGGAUAAUAGAUUUAAAUUGUAUACUAAACAAAAUGCAUGAGUACAGAUUGAUGGAUGUGCUGAAAAAGUUUGUUAGCAAAGAGAACCACAACCUGAUAGAUAAGGGAAAAGAAAAUGCUGAUAUCAUUUCCGGAUACGAGGGAAGAAACUUAAAUUCGAAAGAUUCUAAGAUCGGUUCGCAAAACUUUAAUCAGAUUGAGCCUGCUGUCUCUAAAAAUAAAAAGUUUUUGAUUUCUGAACUUGAGAACGACAGAGAUACAACAAAACUAUUAAACAAUCUCUCCACUUUCUCAUUAUCCAACGAUUCGUCAGUCCAACUAGCAGAAGCUGGAACCUCGAAGCUUAUUAAUAAGAAAUUCUUACCAGUCGAAUCAACCGUGUUCGAAGUUCCGUUUGAGGAUUUGAAAGUGGCUACGAUGGGUUGGAAAAUUGUACUAGGUGAAGGUAGUUUCGGAACAGUGUUUAGAGGUAAAUUGAAUCAUAGACUGGUAGCAAUUAAAAGAAUGGACAAAUGGUUAGCUGAUAAUGUUCAGGACAACAAUAUACAACGGCAACAGUUGCUGAAGGAAAUGGCGAUUUUGAAUGUGUACAGGCAUGAUAAUAUCAUAAAUCUAUUUGCUUACUGCAUGGCCAGGGAAAUGCCUUGUCUGGUGUAUCAACUCAUGGAAAAUGAUACAUUGAAAAACCAACUUGAGAGGAAAAAGAAAAAAACUCCUCUUACUUGGCUACAAAGGCAUGUAAUAGCUAAGGGUAUCGCUCAAGGCAUACUAUUUUUGCACACUGGUGGGAGAAGACCACUUAUUCACUGCAACAUCAAGAGCGCUAACAUCUAUUUGGACAAGAAUUUUAAACCUAAAAUUGGGAAUUUUCGAUUAGCCGAACAACUCGAAAAGGAUAACAUGAAAGCGAGCAGAAUCAGCGCUACAACAGCUCAUUUACCAGACGAUUUUGUCCACAGUAGAAAGCUGUCGACUAAAGUUGAUGUGUACAGUUAUGGUAUUGUAUUAAUUGAACUAGCCACUGGCAAGAUAGCAUACGAUGGAACCAUUAAGAUUCUGAAGGGAAUGGUAGACAAUGAGGAUGGAAUAUACAUACCUUUUUUGAAUGAUCUUGGUGUGGAAACGGCAUACGAAGAAGUGUACAAAAUACUGAUUACUUUAGGAAAACGCUGCUCCCAAAGAAAGCCUGAAGAUAGAUUAGAUGUAGAGUCAGUCCUUCAAGAACUCGAUGAAUUACAAUGAAAAUAAUCUCACAUGGGAAAAAAAAUAUAUCAUUUCAUCAUUUUUUACCUCUGAGACAGAUUAAGAU